GCAAUACGGGCUGUGCCAUCUCUUGUGUGUGCCUCCCACCAACUGUGUGUGUGUGUCUGUGCAUCUCAUCUGUAAGAGCAUCCCUCUCCCCCCUUUCUUCUUCCCAUCUCCCCCUUUCUCCUCCACGCCUUUGCUUUACAUGAGGUGCAGAGCUGGAAGAUGAACAGCAGCAUGUUGCAGCAGCUGAUCUAGAGAAACUGAGGUCAGGCUUGCAGCCCCUCUGCUCUCCGAUGUACCAAGAGGCAGCAGGCUCUGCCCCUCAGGGCCUCACUGAACCAUGCCAGUCGGGCACCCGCCAGAGCCACGUCUCACCCGUGAUGCUGCCAGCCACCAGGCAGAGCUCUUUAAUCAGCAGCUCCUCUGACCAUACAGUUGGCAAGGACCUACAGGCUGUGACGACAGGUCAAAGGCAGAACAAAGGGAUGAGGACUCGACUGGGUUGCUUGUCUCACAAAUCAGAUUCGUGCAGUGAUUUCACGGCUAUUCUCCCAGACAAGCCCAACAGGGCACUAAAAAGGCUGUCCACAGAAGAGGCCACCCGGUGGGCAGAUUCCUUCGAUGUCCUCCUCUCCCAUAAGUAUGGGGUGGCGGCAUUCCGCGCCUUCCUGAAGACAGAGUUCAGUGAGGAGAACCUGGAGUUUUGGCUGGCGUGUGAGGAGUUCAAGAAGACCCGCUCGAAUACCAAGAUGGUCUCCAAGGCCCACAGGAUCUUUGAGGAGUUUGUCGACGCGCAGGCUCCUCGGGAGGUGAACAUCGACUUCCAGACCCGGGAGGUCACAAGGAAGAACAUGCAGGAACCAUCCUUGUCCUGCUUUGACCAGGCCCAAGGGAAAGUGCACAGCCUCAUGGAGAAGGACUCUUACCCCAGGUUCCUACGAUCCAAAUUGUACACAGACCUGCUGACGCAAAGCCAGAGGAGGCUCAGCUAGAGCUGAGACAGGGUCCCUCGGGAACCAUGGGCUUCACCCCCCGCCCCCCACCUCCCCCAGCUGCCCCAAACCAUCUUCAUCGGCGUUUCAGAGCAGUCGAGGGUGUGGGUGGGGAGAGGGUGCAGAGGGGGAGAGGGAGGCCGGCUGCCCCUCGGUGGGAUCCAGCUGGGGCAGUAGGGACUCUUUCCCAUUUGCCUGGUCGUGUGUGUGUUUUGGUUCGUGGUAGCAUUUACAGCUGUCACCCUGCUGGGGUGGGGGGGACAGCAGCUUGCCCCCAUAACGCAUCGGGUCAUCUGCCCAGAGAAGGCAGGUUGGCUCCGCUGGGCUAAUCUGUAAAUAACGCAAAUGCAGUUCUCCCGCUGGUUCCCCGACUCUCCGUCCCGCCAGACCCAAGCCGCUCAGAGAGGAGAGGCCGGGAAAGCCACGGGGAGCGGGGCGUGGUUGUGAUUGGUCAUGCCGAGGCUGGGGUCCCGGGAUCCUGGGCCUCCUUAUUCCAGAGAGGGAGGCUGAGCCUGGCCUGUUAGUAAACCCCGGGAAGCUACUAAAUCACCAGGAUCGGCAGUUUCUGCCAUUUCCACCAGUCACUGGGGAAGGGGCAGAGCCGGCAUGUGGGACCGGAGGACAUGUGGGAAGGGGAGUAGUCUGACAAGCUCCAUCCUAAAUGAUCAAGCUGAUGACACUCCCCCUCCCCCAUUGGCUCUGUUCCCCGAAAUUCCCAAGAAGAAGCCUGAGGCAGACAGGGUUGGGCCCACUGAAGUGGAGUUGCAUCCAGACCUAUGGAGAGGCCUCCCUGCAUGGGUGUUUUCCAAUCACUUUGACCUGGAGGAGGAAAUUAGGGGUGGGCAUCCCUCUAGAACAUUAGCAAGGGAGCAACCUGAAAGCCCCCCCUUUCAUGCCUGCCUUCAGGCUACUGAAAGGCUCCAAGCCCCCCACCUACUGCUUAAAAUUUCUUCAUCUCUAACCCAAGUGGACCGGCCGCCGGAGUGGGCAGAGGGAUGACCAGGGAUGAUGGUGGAUUCCCCAGAGUUGCCAAGCUCACUGAGAAGAAGUUAGAUUCACUGGCACAGUGUCUAAUCACUGCCACUACCCCUUUCUGUGCCUCUCCUGGCCUGGACCAGCCACUACAAAAUGUCCAGGGGGAGGGGUGGGGCGCAGUGAAAAGCUUUAUCCAGUGUGGACCUAGGAGAUAACCCUCAUCUGCCCUGAAAUAUUCCAGUAACACAGAUGUCCCGGGAAUAGCUGGCAGGCCUUCCCGGCAGUGCUGUUCCCGGGAUUCAAGGUGGAGGGCAGGUAUUCAAGGAGGUCCAGGAGGAAAGUCUGGUGUGGGGAUCACAUAGGACAGGGAGAGGAGGGUGCUGGGAGAUGACUGCAUAGUGCACUGCUGCAGCUCCGUAAGAUGUCCGGAAAGCACCCGCAAGCAGGAUGUGUGGUCAUGAGUUGCCCACCCUGUGCUUGUUACCCGGACAAACUGGCCACAGGUCAGAGGUGGUGGGCCAGGAGACCAGGAGGGAAUCUGACAGCUGUUUGGUCUCCCCGAAUCCCAGAAUUUCCUGAGGGAUUCGUUGAUGAAUGGGUCUGACAUGACAUUGAGCCUUGCCUGUUUCCAGGGCCCUGGAAAUAAUAAUAAUAAUAACAACUAUGGUAUUUGUGAAGCGCUUACUAUGUGCCAGGCACUGUACUAAGC